AUGCUGGAAUAUGAAAAGGGUGGAGAAUUAAAGACCAAGUCCAUAGAUUUGCUUGAUCUUGAUCCCAGUACCGAUGUCGAUGCCUUAGUAGAAGAGAUACAGAAAGCAGAGCCUUUAAUCACAGCCUCGCGGACAGAUCAAGUUAAACUCUUGGUACACAGAUUGCAAAAUAAACUCACCCAGCACACCAACCACAAGUUCUAUCUUUUCAAGGUUCUCCGAGCACACAUCCUGCCACUGACUAAUGUUGCACUUAACAAAUCAGGCUCAUGCUUUAUCACAGGGAGCUAUGAUCGGACAUGCAAAGUGUGGGACACAGCCUCUGGCGAGGAGCUCCACACUCUGGAGGGGCACAGGAACGUGGUCUACGCCAUAGCAUUCAACAAUCCCUAUGGUGACAAAAUUGCCACUGGGUCCUUUGAUAAGACCUGUAAACUAUGGAGUGUAGAAACAGGAAAAUGCUACCAUACAUUUCGUGGCCAUACAGCAGAAAUAGUGUGUUUAUCAUUCAACCCUCAAAGCACAUUGGUAGCUACAGGAAGUAUGGACACAAAGGCCAAGCUGUGGGACAUUCAGAAUGGACAGGAAGUAUUCUCUUUAGCGGGACAUUCAGCUGAAAUCAUCUCUUUGUCAUUUAACACCCCAGGAAACAGAAUCAUCACGGGGUCUUUUGAUCACACAGUUGCAGUGUGGGACGCAGAUACUGGAAGGAAGGUAUUCACCUUAAUUGGGCAUUCUGCGGAGAUCAGUAGUGCCUUAUUCAACUGGGAUUGCUCUCUGAUAUUAACGGGCUCAAUGGAUAAAACCUGCAUGCUAUGGGAUGCUACAAAUGGAAAAUGUGUAGCAACAUUAACAGACCAUGAUGAUGAAAUCCUAGACAGCUGUUUUGAUUACACUGGAAAGCUCAUUGCAACAGCUUCAGCUGAUGGAACAGCAAGAGUUUUCUGUGCAACCACAAGAAAAUGCAUUACCAAACUGGAGGGCCAUGAAAGUGAAAUCUCAAAGAUAUCUUUCAAUCCCCAAGGGAACCGUCUGCUCACUGGCAGUGCUGACAAAACAGCGAGACUCUGGGACGCUCACACGGGGCAAUGUGUUCAGGUUCUCGAGGGGCAUACGGAUGAGAUCUUCUCUUGUGCCUUCAACUACAAAGGCGACAUCAUCAUCACAGGCAGCAAGGAUAAUACCUGCAGAAUAUGGCGCUGAGUGAAGAAGACCCGUCCAUCGCACACCUGGUAACCAACCGUGGUGAUCAGGAAGAGAAUAAGAAGAC